UGGCAACACUGUUACACAUGUGUUGAACACUGCAACAGCAUAUACACACAAGCGCAUUGAAAUAAACAAUGCGUUAUUGAAUUAUUUCGAUUAAAGUCAUCAAAGAAAAUCAAUAAAAAUGUUGCCAGCCGUAGAGGUAAUUGUUGGCACCUAUACGGACUUUCUACUCGGCUAUCAACUGAGUGAAAACAAUGGUAAAGUGCAUCUUAAGGCAUCGUUUGCCGACAAAUCGCAUGCUGGCUCUAUAAGAUGUGUAGCGGUGCAGGGACCAUGGAUAGCCAGCGGUGGUAGCGAUGAUCGAAUCUUUAUCUACGAUAUGCGCACGCGUAAACAGUCGCACAUAUUACUCUCCCACCAAGGCACGAUUAAUGCGCUGGCCUUCUCGCCAGAUCUGUCACACUUGCUUUCCGGCAGUGAUGAUGGCCGCAUGGUGGCUACUCGCGUUGGCGCCUGGACUGUGGAGGGUGAUUGGCCAAAGCCGCAUGCCGGCAAAGCGAUAACACACAUCGCUUGCCAUCCGGGCAGCAGUCUAGCACUAUCCCUUGGUGGUGAUCAAGUGCUCAACACAUGGAAUUUGGUAAAAGGACGCGUGGCGUACAGAACCAAUCUAAAGAGCAAACCAGCAUUGGGUAAGGCACCUGAAUGCCUUACAUGGUCUACAAAUGGCAGUCAUUUUACAUUAAGCGGUCCGCUUGAGCUGGAGAUCUGGGACAUAGAGACGGCCAACGUGUCGCAUCGUCAUAAAAUGCCAGCAAAGCCCAUAUGCGUAGCUUGGAUCAAUGAGCUUAACUGUCUGGCAGGCUUGGAAAACGGAAAUCUGGCUUGGGUUACACUCGAAGAGGACUCUGAGCCCAAAUAUAUAGAAGUGCAUACAUCACGCGUCAAGGGGAUGGCUUAUCUAAAUGAAGCGCUGGCCACUAUUUCCAGCGAUGGUGAACUCAAGGUUUGGCGCUGCAAUGUCGAGGAGCGCGAGCUGGAGCUCAUUGUCAGCUUCAAUAUCAAUUGUCGGCCCAUCUGUGUGGGCUUAUUGGAUACCUCCUUUACUAGCACAGCCAAAGAACCAGCUGCCAAAGUAAACGACGAGCCAGCUGCGCAGGAAGAGAAGGAGGAAGCGCAAUCCAGUGCAGAACUUGAGCUACUCAAGCCACGUAGUUUCGUCUCUAUCGAGUAUGAGGAUGAGACACAGCCAAAGCAUAGUCAGUCAAAGGUGACGAGCACCAAAGCCAAGCCAUCAAAAGCGGUCAACGAAGAAGCCAGUGACAGCGCACAGGAUAGCGCAAGUCAAUCCGACAGUGACAUAGACACUGAAAGUGACGAUAGUGACGACAGCGAGCCGCGUCCGCAAUUUGUAAAGGCUGCAAAGCGCAAAGCGACAACAGGCAACAAACCUAAAAAUAAACAAAUAAAGAAAAUAUAAAUUAAAUACGAUUUAUUAUACUCUACUACUCGAUCAGUAAGUUUUAGUCGCAUUGAAUUCAAAAUAAAAUAUCUUAAUGGAACCGUUUA